GUCUUUUAAAACCUUCUCUCGAAAAACCUCUCUCUCUCUCUCUCGCUACCUCGCUCAGAUAAAAACCCUAGCUUCAGUUCGUCCUCGCUACUCUACUGUCGACCCCAGCCGAGCCUUAUGAUGCUCCCCCACUCGUUCACCGUCGAUUCCCAUUCCAAAUCCGAAGACCUCGCCGCUGCCAUACUCGCCGCCUCGCCGUCCCAAAUAUCCUCCACCUGCGCCUCCAUCGAGUCCUUCCUGCUCUCGCACUCACCCGACCAGGCCCGGCACUUCUUCUCCCUCGCCUUUCCAACCCUCAUCUGCAAACUCUUCUUCGGCCUUCCCCCCGAUCCUUCCAAAUCUUUCCCCCCUCCAUCUUCCGCCUGGAUCGACACUAACGCCAACGAUUCCGCCUCCAACGCAAUCUUCUCCCUACUCUCACCCUCCGGCGUUCUCCUCCGCUCCAUUUCUGCCGUCGAUCGCCUAACCCUCGUCAAGUACGUCUUCCCCGUUGAACGCCUUCCCCACUGGGCCCGACUCGCCCUCUCUACCUCCAAUGACGCCCGACCCCUCUCCGAUCUCUGCCAUUUGUUCUCCGGCAAACUCAAAGAGGAUCCAACAAAACCGUCCGCUCAUCAAGUCCAGCUUAAUGUCUUCGAAUACUACCUCUUCUGGUUCGCCUAUUAUCCGGUUUGCAAAUCCAAUUCCGAUAAUGUCGAUUCCGUUUCCAUUAAAAGAGCUAGAAAAUUCAGGUUAGAGAAUUGGACUUCCUCGAUCCCCGGACUGUCCAAUUCCAAGCGCGUAAAUGAACAAAGAAUCGAGUGCAGCCUCUACAUUCGCCUUCUCUACGCGUAUCUUCGCGAGUUUGUGCCCAGUCACGAUUUGAGUGUGCAUCAACCGUACCGGAGCUCGUUGCUUCACUAUGCUUCCGAGUAUGACGGAUCGGUUACGAUGCGCGCGGAGCUUGUUGUGAAUGCUUUUAUCCAUUUCUGGUUAGUGGACAACGACUUCUCGCCGUUACCUGUAAACGUGUUGAAGUCGUUUGGCGUAUCAUUUCCAUUUCGGUCGGUCUCGGGGGAUAUCCCACCACCGUCGUCAGGCUUGGGGGACGUGGUGAAGUUGUUCGUCAAGUACUUGAGUUUGAGCUCCGGAACCUUCUCGGAAGAGAGUGGGGGUGAAUGCUGUGCAAGUCCGAGGCGGAGGGUAUCCAAUUCGGGUUCAUUUGAUGCUGUGAAGUCAAGGGACGUGCCUGCACCCGUUCAUCCUUCCAGAUCGUGGAACGCUUGGAUUCAAAGGCCGCUAUACCGGUUUAUACUAAGGACGUUCUUGUUUUGCCCCUUGGGAACGUCAAUCAAGAAUGCCUCAGAGGUGUUUGAUGUUUGGAUUAGUUAUAUGGAGCCUUGGUCUAUCAGCUGGGAUGAUUUUGCAGAGCUGAACGCAGUAGUUGAUGGUUCUAGUAAGAGUGAUAGAAAGGAGAAUUCUCAGAAUCUUCGUGAAUAUGGAUAUAACCCUGUUUGGCAGGGUUAUGUAUUGUCUAAUUACCUGUAUUACAGUUCAUUGGUUAUGCAUUUCAUCGGGUUUGCGCACAAGUUUCUUCACACUGACGUUGAAAUUAUAGUCAGGAUGGUAUCCAAGGUUAUAAACAUACUGGCAUCAUCUAAAGAGCUAGCUGACCUCAUAAAGAAUAUGGAUACUGUUUUCCAUUUAAAACAAGCUGGAUCAGGCAAAUCAGUGCUUAAUAGCUUAUAUAGAUUUGUUCCUUCAAUUCGUGAACAGUUGCAGGACUGGGAGGAUGGCUUGUGCGAGAGUGAUGCUGAUGGAUCUUUCCUGCAUGAGAACUGGAAUAAAGAUUUACGUCUGUUCUGUGAUGGGGAAGAUGGUGGCCAACACCUACUUCAGCUGUUGAUACUGAGAGCAGAAGCUGAGUUACAAGCAAUAUCCGGUGAUAACCUUGCUGACAACCUGAAGUGCAUAGAUUCAUUGAAAGAACGGGUGAGCUGCUUGUUUGGUAGGCAUGCUGUUAGGACGCUGUCAUUUUUCCAAGAAGCGAAUCGGUAUUCAAAUUCCCGUGAUGACAAAUUCAAGCCCAGAAGAGAGGGAAACCACGCAUUAUCAGAAAUCAAAUACAAGGGUGACUGGAUGAAGCGCCCAAUCUCUGACGAUGAGGUUGCAUGGCUAGCAAAACUGCUGGUCAGGUUUUCCGCUUGGCUAAAUGACAGUCUUGGACUGAACCAAGCAGUGCGCAGCCAGGAGAGCUCCGCGUGGUCUUAUGUGGAGGUGUCGAGCGAUGUGGGCAAUGUGUGCGGGCCAACAGAGACGAUGAAAACUGUGGUGUGUGCUAUUGGGUCUAGGCUUCUCGUUUUGGGUUCGUUGGUGGUGAGUCUAAUGAGGAAACAUGGUCUGAGGGUGAACCUUAGGAUGUUAGCCUCGAAAAAGAUUAUGAUGGUUUUGCUUUUGUGUGCUGUAUUUAGCAUACUGAAGAAAGUUUUUGGACUGUCUCAUAGGGUAUAGUGUAGAUGAGAACAAAACAACAAAAAUGCAGAAUGGAAAAGGUAUAAAUAUAUAUGGAAUGAAAAUUGUAGAGUUUCUUUUUCUCGCAAGGUACCUUCUCUCAUCCCUUUGUAAUUUUGUAUAAAAUGUGCAGAGUGAAAAUCCACAGGCUAUGUUCUCUGUGU